AGGCAGGGCCGAGGCGGGAGCCGGCGGCCGCCACAUGAGCCCGGCGGGGCGGCGCCCCCGGGCCCGGCUGGGGCUGCUCGGGCAGCUCCUGCCUCUCUUCCUGGCGCUGCCCGGGGGCACCGGGGAGGCGCCAGCAGCAGGUAGCAACUGUAGUUUCUUGCAGGAAAUGGAUGUCAUCCAGAAACGGGAUGAAAGCUGCUACUGCUAUGUGCAGAACAGAACCAUUCACUUACAGUAUGUUUGGUCAACUCUUCGGGUAAAAGUUAACAGCAGAGAAAUGUUCAGGUUUGAGCCCAUUUCACAGAACAGCAACUGUCGUAAUUCAGAAACUGUUUUUGAGUUCGCUGCAUGUGCUGUUCAAGUCUUCUGGAAACCAGAGACAGCUACAGAAACCAGAGUAAGCAUAAAACAAUAUGGAGAGGAUAUUUGCUUCAAAAUACAGCCCCUGAAAACCGAACCAUACAUUGUCAGUGUGAAACGAGAAAUGCUAGAUGGAAAGCUCUUGUUUUUGUUUAUUGCUGGAAUUUUUCUGUUCCAUUUUGCAACCAGCCUGAGCCGGAAUACCAAGUUCUUUUACCUCUGUGGAAUAAUACUGGGUGUUCUUGCUCUGCUAGUCUUUGUCCUGUUGAUACUUAAAAGGUUUAUUCCAAGGCACAGCACCUUCUGGAUCUUAAUGAGUGGCUGCUGGAUGUCCUCUCUGUAUUUUAUUUACUGCUUCAAAGAGAAUAUGCAGUGGUUGUGGUCUGAACACAGAAACUACUUGUUGGGGUAUUUUCUGGCUGUUGGAAUGACCAGCUUUGCUGCUUGCUAUCAGCACGGACCUCCUACCACUGAUCUGAGCAUAUCCUUGUUUGCAUGGACGCUGCAGUUAACAGCCUUUGUCUUGAUUUACUGUGGAGUCACCAUACCUCAAGUUGCAUAUGCAGUAAUAGUAGUCAGCCUCUGUUCAAAGGGCCUGUGUUACCCCCUGGGUGCUGCGUGUCACAUAGGCAGAAAAAUGAAGAACCACUUUAUAUCAAAAAAGUUAGUGUUUAAACACCUUACUGAAGAGGAAUACCGAGAACAAGGUGAAACAGAAACUAUCAGAGCUCUGGAGGAGCUACGCUUAUUCUGCAGAAAUCGUGAUUUCCCAUCAUGGUUAGCUGUAUCCAAACUCCAGUCCCCACACAGGUUUGCAGACUUCGUUCUGGGAUCUCCCCACAUCUCACCUGCAGAAACAAGGGUGCAUGAGGAGGAAUAUGGCAUUGGGAGCUUCUUCCUGGAAGAGCAGCUCUUUGAGACAGGGACAGAAUCUGAGCAAGAUGAUCCAACCAAUUCCAUCCACGAAGGAGAUGAUGCGGAUGAAGAUGAAAUGCAUAAGCAGAUUUCAUUUCCAUAUGCUACUGAGUUGCUCUGAGCUUUGGGAAAUAUCAGGAUGGAAAAUGUGUUCACCCUAGACAGAAAGGAUACACAGCGAGAACUCAAGCUUGGUGAUUUCUUUUGGUUGCUGGUGGGCACAGGGAUUUUCUGAAAACACAGUUUCCUCUAUCACUGAUGUUGCAUGAUCAGAGCAACAGAAGUAAAUCAUAGGGACUGUUCAAGUGAAAAGGAUCCUCAUGCUACUGGUACUUUAACUGGGGAAGUAAGCAUUGCUUAUUUCCAAAGCGAGUACUGGCAGCAGCCUGUCCCAGCAGGAUGCCUUGUUGUGCCAAGGCUACUACCUCUAGAAAAUUGUAUCUGUUUUGGUCCUUUUCACUGUCAAGUCCUCUGUGCUGAACACUACAGGGAGAAGCCAUUAUUAAUACUCUUAAGUACCCUAUGGCGUCAACAAUUAUCAUAAUGCUGUUAAUGUGCUGAUAAACUGUGUUUAUUGCUUGUGAGGAUUUUCAGUGCUAAAGAUGAAGUUAAUACAGCUGAAUGAGGUUUGUUUGCUCUUCUGGCUGGGCUUACUGCACAUUAGCUUCAUUUUGCCUCUCCACAUUUGUUUUAAACUCCCCUAACUCUUCAGAACCCUGCCUGACUUUUCACCCUCUGCUUGUGUUGUUCUGUUCUUGGACUCUGCUCUACUUACAUUGUACUUUCCAUGUCUUUGCUUCUUUUUCACGUUAACACUCCUCUGUCUUCAGCAGGUCCCUCUGCAGAACCUUUCUUUACUCCUCUGUUUCUCCAUCUGACAACUGCAGGUGACUUAGAAGAGGAUUUCCAUCCCCAGAUGUAUUUUUACUGUUGCCUUACCUCGGACGGGUGCUGACGUCCAUUCCAGACCAAUCAGUGGCACAGAAAAGACAACAAAGGCUGAGGCUGUUUUCAGCUGCCCGAAAGAACUGCUGUCAGCACAGCUGGAGCGAUGCUGUAACCGUGUAACUAGGAAUACAGAUAACCCACAUAGAGCUCCACUGUCCUGGGAAUACACAGCCGUUUACUCAUUCAGUAAAAAGCAGAAAGUAAUUUCUGGCAAAACAAGGAGGGAGGGAUACCUGGCUUCUACCUCCUCUUCUUCAGCCUUCAGUUUGGGACUUAACACAGGAGGUGUGUGGGGAGGAAAAGUAAAGAACAGGCAGAAAAAUUCAGACUGUCAAGUAUCUGUCAACUUACGUAUUACACAAUCCCAGGCCAGGGAGUAGGUCAUGUCCCUUCAGUUCACCCACCUGCAGAAGUCAUUUCCUUCUUUUGUUCUUUAAACUAUCUCUGUAUUCUUCUGUCCUCACCUUUUUUUUUUACUUUACUGUCUUCCAAACUGCAGAAAACAAAAGACCAUUGAUGUGUCACCAUCUGAUCUUCCAAACCCAAAAGGAGUUGCCAAGUGGUGGGAAAGGAGUCAGCU